GCGUGCGUGCGUGCGUGCGCGAGUGUGCGUGCGUGUGUUUACUGGAAGAACCUCUGAACGGAGGAGGCGGAGCCUUACGAACAUCGGCUUUACUCACUGGAAACAACCUCCAAUAACCUCUCCACACACGGACGGGAUUUCUCCCGGCACACAUCACCGUCGCCACAUUCCUCCGCUCAGGAAAGAAACCCACACACAUUUCUGGAUACUUUUUGUUGGAUUUUAAUGCCUGAAUUAAAAAUUUAUCUAGCACUACUCUCGGGUAGUUUGCAUAGAUUUUCCUUUGGCGACGAGCGGCGGCGGUGCGGGACUCAACAUAUCCGCAAGCUGUGUUUAGGUGCUCUCUCCCAGCCCCUCUCUGGAUGCAUCAGACUCCUCUGCCCCGGGGCCCUGGACCCGGUGUGUGACCCCGCCACCCUCACCCCAGUCCCCCCACCCCUCUUGUUCCUCUCCCUCUGCCCCAAACUCCUUCCCACCUGUCCACCUCGACUCUCCUGUACCAGGCCCCCUGCCUCUCGACCGGCGGGCAGAGGCAGGGGGCCAUGGCGCCAUGGUAACCUUCAGCGGACGCAGCCCCCUCGCCAUGAGCAGCGUGACCCCUCCGGAGGGCAGGGUUCAGGGGUCGAACUUUACCCCGCAUCACUUCAAGCCCUUUAGAUCGCAUGCACACUACCAGCAGGUGAUGCGUGCAUUGCGAAAGCUACAGGAGAGUGGGUUUUACUGGGGUGCUGUGGGGGGCCGGGAAGCCAGCUCCAUGCUGCGCUCUGAACCGCCCGGCACCUUCCUGAUCCGCGACUCCUCGGACCACCACCACUUCUUCACUCUCUCAGUCCAGACGGCCCGAGGGACCAAGAACCUGCGCAUCCACAGCGAAGGAGGUGGCUUCUUCUUACAGCCGGACCCCCAAAACACCCAAGAGCCCCCGCAGUUUGAUUGCGUACUGAAGCUCAUAGCGCACUACAUGGGCAAAGGGCCGGACGCAGGAAGGAGCAGAGAUGGAGCGUGUGGGGGCGAUUCAGGAGAGGCAGAAAUGAAGGGACGCAGCGUAUAUCUGAUCCACACCGGCGGAGAAAGGAUUCCCUUGGAAUUGCGACGGCCCCACUUGACUUCUCUCUCGUCCCUGCAGCACAUGUGCAGGAGGACCCUGAACAGCCUGGGGGCGUCGGAGCGAGCCGAGCAGCUGCCGCACACUCUUAGAGACUUCUUGGAGGAGUACGAUGCUCCUAUAUGACUGACAGGGACUACAGACGUUCCACAACAUGGACCGGGUGCCUGGAGGACGGCGCAGACCAGUUCUCAGCACCCAUGUGAUUUUGUGCGCCAUCACCUACCGACCAGAGUUAGCCUUAGAUGCCAGUGUGAGGUCAGUUUUUUUUUUUUUUGAGAACAGAAUCAGCUGGUCCCUGCUCUGUUUCAACACUGAUGGACGUCGUCUAUCUAGAGUCUCCCGCUGACCUGGGGUCUGGGAUGGGGAGUGUGAUUUGGGUAACCAACUAUUACUUUGUCCGUCCUGACUUGCAGAUGAAGCCAGAGGUCAGAGGUCAAGGUUUCCUAUGACUGACUCAGACGCAGAGAAGAGCCUCGUAGAAGAUUAACCUGAUUGGUAGAUAUUAACAAUGACCGCAACGAUUUGAUCAAUAUGCCGCCCGUGAUCCCCGUGGGUUUAAUCUGCUUAAAAAGUCUCCUCUGGAAGCCUGACAUUUACAGCACUUUGGUUCACUGGACAGAAAGAAAGAAAAGAAGGCAACGAACAGAAAGGCUUAGAGGGGGUGAAUGCAGGAGGAGUAACAGAGAAAAGGCAUAGUCCAAAGCAGGAGUCCGACGCCGAGAACGUACAGCAUUUGUUUGUCUCAGAGUGUGUGUGUGUGUGUGUUGUGGUGGCGCACACAUUUCCAUUGCUGCUUCCCGCAAAUGUUGCCUCAUAGAGGGGAGUGGGGUGGUCAUGCAUGCUAGCUGUGUGCACACACACACUCACACACAGCCACACACAUACACACACAGGUACACACACACACACACACACGUAGGUUCUGUUAGCGUGGGAACAAGACGGGGGAGAAGAAGCAUUACAAAGCAUCUUCUUCUCCUGUUUGUUUCUUGCUUCUCCUCUGUUAGCAACCCCCCCCCUUUUUUUGUUUCUGAGUCGCAUGUGCACUUUGACAGUGACAGAAAACAGACUUCUGUUGCAGAGACAAAAGCUUGAUACUGAGACAAAAGCCCUGGCACAGGACCAAACAAAACAGCAGAUCUUAUUUUUAUCCAGACUGGCUGGAAAAAUGUCAGCGACACUGUAAAGCUCUUUGGGGAAUGACAACCACGACGAUCCAAGAGACCGGGGGAGGGUGAGAACGAGGACUAAGGAGAAGGAGAAGAGCGGGAAAUGGGAUUAGGAAAGGGAAACUGAAGAGGACAGAGAGCUGGGGGGGGGGGGCUCGGGUGGGGGAGAAGGGGGAGGAGACAUACUGGUAUACAGCUAAACAAAAACACUGAUGUGAUUGAGGGCCCAGCCUUAGAGGAAAUAGUCCAGCUCAACAGGACGCAGCUCCUGUAAAUAUAAAGCCAGGUUUGCUCAGAAGCCCCCAAGAGAAAACGAAGAGUUUGAAUCCUCUCGCAAUGAUUUCUUCUUUACAUUAUCAUCUCGAACGUAUUUCUUUUUGUGCUGGUGUGUUUGAGUGUCUGUUUGUUCCCUCCUCUCGUGAAGGAGAUAAGAGAGGAGUUACGUGGACUCCUUAAUCCCUGUACCUUCAGAAAGGGUUUCUCGCCCCACCGACCUUCCAUCGUUACCUCUGAAGCCGGAGUUGGGUUUGUCUGUCUGAAUGUCAAGGGACCGCAAGACUUCUUUUAAAGUGAUUCUUUAAAGAAAAGACAAAAAAAACAACAAAAAAACAAAAAACAAGCCUUUUGUAAAACAAAGUACAAGACUCGGAUUUGAUCAAAACUGUUUGUUUCUUGACUGUGUUUGACCAGUGCUCGUAUUUACCUGUGAUCCAUAUUGGAGUGGUAGCCUUUUCACAUCCUGAACAUGCUGUGAUCUCAUGUGGCCGCCGGAGACAAGAGCACUGAAAUACACCACAGUGAUCCAUACUUUUUCUUUUUGUCAAAUCUCAGUCUGUAUUUUCUCACAUCAACACCAAGUUCUUACAUGUGUUGCAGCGGUGGACCGCACGUGUAUGUCGAUCAUUUGUCUUUUAUAAAGACUCUAGUGCAAAAGGCUGGCCACUAGUCUGGCAACAAUACAAGCUGUAAUAUCUGAAAUGACAAAGCAUUACAGAAAAAAAAAACAAAACAUAAAUGAAAAGGAACCUUGCACAUAUUUAUAUUUCUAAAAUAUUUCAAUAAUUUAUAUUAAAGAGCACUAUUUUUACAAAAGUCAA